AUGCGGGUCGAGGAAAUCGUCCGAAACGCACUGCUUGAGUACGAUCGUCACGAAGCAAAAGGUGCCUACCCAAUCUACAGUGCGCCGUGGGUGCCCGUCGGCAGCGAAGGCCCUUUGACUGCUAUUCGAAAGGAGUCGACGGAGGGGCUUACGAACAGCGAGUUCCGUCUCUUCGGAUGCAUUCAGGGCGACUGGCGCAACUUCAUGAAUUUUUACUACGCCGAGACAUCUGAGGAGCUUUUUGAAUGGAACCAAUUCAUGUACGGAUAUGCAGUGGACGCGGUCGUGCUGAAGAAUAUUCACACGAGAGACUCGGGAAAGCCACAUGAGUAUUUGGGACUCAAGUGGACGUGCCUGCAACCCUCGUCAUUUGGCCGCAAGCGCGACAACUGUUUUCUCGAAUACCUGACGUACACGAAGGACGAACUGGGUCGCAGCGUAGGUGUGCGCGUGACGCUGCCGGUCGAGAUCGACGAGUGCCCGGAUCUGUACCGCAGUCUGAGAGUCAAGCGCAUCAAGACACACAAUGUUGCCAUCGUCCGCCCGGCAGGGUCUUCGUCCGAGGCUACACAGCUCUUCGUCAUGAGCGAAAACGACUUUGCCGGUUUGUCAGUGAGUGCCAAGAACUUCAAGAAGUUUAUGCGCAUCUACAACGACAUGGCCCUGUUCGUCGACUCUAAACACAUUCUGAAGCAAGGAAUGAUAUGCAAGACGAAUUGGAUGCCCAACAACUCGCGUAAAGCUUGUACAAAUUGCCAACUCCCCUUCAACGCUGCCACUCGCCGUCGCUCCCACUGUAGACUGUGCGGAGACAUCUUCUGCAACCACUGUCUGAUUGUUCGCAACGUGCCGCGCGACCAAAACGGAGCACCAAAGUCGCGUACCUUCCAGGUGGUUAAGUCUCGCUUCUGCAAAGCGUGCCUUUCAAGAGUACGCCGGGAAAGUGACACAGUGCAUUUAACUCGGUCGGCAGUGGCGUGUGGAUCUUCGGACACGAGCAUCAGCAACGGGAACGACGUCAACAAUGACAGCAAGAAACUGCGUAAAGCUGUGAGCAAUACCAGCGACCGAAGCAACUUACGGCAAGAAUGGUGGGAUGACAUCGCAUCUGAGUCCGAUUGGUCCGAGACGGACUCGGAGGAUGCCAGCAAGGCCUCUCUAAACGCGUCAGGCCGAUCGAGACUUGCUAGUUCACUGUCAUCGUCGCAGUCGUCGUGGACAACGACCUGCCCCGAAGACACCUUGGACGAUAUGUCGUUUGUUGCUACACUGGAUGUUAUUGACGACGACGUGGCCAUUCUCGACGAGAAACCACAGAGCUCCAAGUCCAGGCUGCACAAAAAGCUCUCAUAUUCUGGUCGCUAUUCGAUGAGUAGGAGGCAUUCAACACGCAAACCGCAGUCGCAGCCAUCCGUGGAGACGCACGAGGUCACCGAGGUAAUCGACACCACCGACAUGAUGACGAUGUCCGAACUCCGGCGACAGUCACGAGCACGAACCACUGGUGUUGUGGCCCCAUCUCGAAAGUACAGCAAGCGACGCAGUGGGCGGGAAUCAUUGUUGCUUAGCUCGAGCGGACCUAGCCGACGUCUGAGCCGUGACGAGCCAGCCAACCGGUUCCGCUCGUCUCGCUCUAUUAGUCAGUGCCUAGCGGAGCAGGAAGAGCUCCUCCGAUGUAUGCUCAGUGUCAGCCGAGUGCAUUCGAACCCUGGCGUGGGCUCCAAGAGAAGAGUUUCUAAGCCACCUAAGGUGGACUUUGCGGCGACUAUGCCCGCUCCGCGCCCCACGGUUCGGUUAUAUGACCGUUAA